AUGCCGCCGCCAACACCAGUGCCGAUAAAACUCCCUGAAGACGGAGUGCCAACGAAACAGAUGGUCAGGGAUAUCAUCAGCACCUUUCUCACAGAGGAAUUGCCCUCGGUGAGCCCGGAGACUCUCACCAUGUCAUACAACGCGUCAUUCGCCAACGCCCACUGUUCAGUAGAGCGGCCGCAGCCAAAUUCAGACACGCCCACCGAGCCCUUGAAGGUCUUCAUCAAAUUCCACAAGGAGGCAGUGGCAGACAUUGAAAUUUUCAAGCAUCUAGCACCGAGCAAGCAAGACGAGGCGCUUCUCUGCCACGAAUUUGCGAAAUCCGGUCUCGGGGCAAAAGUAUACGGCUUCUUCAAACUGGCGGACGGAACCACAGGCAGAAUCGACGAGUUCCUAGAGGCACGCACCCUGCAGCCAGAGGAUGUCGAAGACGCCGCCAUCCGAGCAGACGUUGCCAACGCCCUGGCAACGUUUCACACCACCAAGGCGCCGCUGCAGAAGACGCCCGUGAGUUUAUACUAUGAAGCCCUGACGGACGGGCUCAAGCGGUACCAGCACGCGGAGAAGCUGAAGCUCCUCGGCCGGCAAGCAGGCGUGCAAAUAGACAAACUUGUCGACUACGACUUUGGGCCGCGCCUGCGACACGCCGUCGACAAGCUCACGUCCCUCGGCGCCAAGGCAGGGUGGUGCAUCCACGACGUGCAGUUCAUGAAUGUCCUGGUCCGGCUUCACGCGAGGCCGGGCGAAAGCAAGGUAGCCCUCGUGGACUUUGAAUUCGCGAUGCGGAAUUACCGCGCGCUGGAUGUCGGCGGGCACUUUAUGCAAAAGAUGUUCAGGUGGUUCGACGAGGAGAGCAAGAUUGCCGAUUGCCGGAAAUACACGCUGCGCGAGAAGAGGCAUUUUUGCGACGAGUAUGCCCGGCAGUGGAACGCAUUGACUGGCGAGUGCGAUACGGGGGAGCAGGUAUUCCUCGAGUCCGAGUAUGGAUAUUUGCUCGCCAUCACCUUUGACAUACACAACAUGCUGUGCUUCAUGAACGAUGAGAAUGACAGGGAUCCUUUGAAUCUCCUUGGCUUGAAUAAGCUAUUUGAUGAGUUUGUGGAACAGUGUCACAAACUUGGGUUGGAUAGUCAAUAG